UCCCUUUGCGCUUCCUUUUUUUCUUACUCCUUCCUUUCGCUCUCGCCCUCCGUUUCGGGCUCGCUCCCCGCGUCCCUCCGCUUUUGUUACCCCUCCCUCGCUCCCUGCUGCUCCCCGCCCCCGCGUGGCACUGCGGAGCCGGAGACGUGACCCGAGCGGACUCGCUUCCCCGCAGCUCCAGCCUCUCGCCGCAGAGUCGCAUGUCCUCGAUCCAGAACCUCCAAUCCUUUGACCCCUUUGCUGAUGCAACAAAGGGUGACGACUUACUCCCAGCGGGGACUGAGGAUUACAUUCAUAUAAGGAUCCAGCAACGGAACGGAAGAAAGACACUGACAACUGUUCAGGGCAUUGCAGAUGAUUAUGACAAGAAGAAACUUGUGAAAGCUUUCAAAAAGAAAUUUGCUUGUAAUGGUACUGUGAUUGAGCAUCCUGAAUACGGUGAAGUUAUCCAGCUGCAAGGUGACCAGAGGAAGAACAUUUGCCAAUUCCUCUUGGAGAUUGGCAUUGUCAAGGAAGAACAACUGAAAGUUCAUGGUUUCUAAUAUACCUGUACUCUUAUGAAGAACCCUGCAGUAUUGGUCUUACCUAUCUUGGCUCUUCUGUGAAAAAUGAAUCUUUGCAGUGAAUGGACUUCCCCAUUACCUGAACAUUUACAAUUUGAUUUGCAUGACUUCAUGAAACAGGUGGUGUGUAGACUAGAAACACAUAAGAAAACUUCAGUAAGAUGGUAAUGAAGACCCUUGUGAACUUUAACACAUUUCCAAUGGAAAUGUAUUAGUGAUGAUUGUUCAGUUUAGUACUCUCCACCUGAGUUAAAUGUGUGAGUUUUAUUCAAAUAGUGUGUGUUGUUGCUUAAAAAUAAAAGUUUAUUCAUAUAAUUUCUGGGAUAUUUGAAAUGCUUUAGCCUAAGUUUUGAACUAGCACUGCAGCCUUGCUGAAGAAUGGCUGAACUGCUUUGUGGCAAGUGUAGCUCACUGCUGUUUGGAGAAAUUGGAAAAUCUACAUGAUUAAGUACUAGCUGAUUAAUCAGUAGAUGAGCUUGAUGUGAUCUUACCCUGUAGCUGUAAGACUAGAGCUUUAUAGCCUGUAGUGUAGGUGUACCUUAGUAGCAGCACAAUAAGACAUCAAUUGUUUGCUGUCUAAAUAACUGGAUCCUCUCUAAAAUGUAUUGCAGUGACUAUGAGGUAUUAGUCUGAAGCAAAGUAGGGGUAAGGCAAGCUGAGCUCCUCAAGGCAAACAUUUGGGCAGAAGUCCCAAAACAUUUGAAGGAAGCUGAUGGGAUAUUGGAUCUCCUCUGUCGCUGAGUAGGGGGAAAAGACAUUGUGUUGGCUUCUGCCAUGAGCGUGCAUUGAAAGAUGGCAAGCAGAGUGCUUGACUGAGCUGGUAGUGUUAGCUGCAGGAGCAGGGAAGGGGACAGGGUCAGCACUAACCUUCUCCCUGCUUUGGAAAGUUUUCCUAGGAUUGGUGGUUGACACAGGGAGUUCUGUAUUCGUGUUUGAGUAUUACUACAGAAAGCUGAUUUGGUUUACUUUUCUAGAAGGCAAUUCUUUCAGCUUUACUGGAGGUUAAAUAGGUUUGUUUCACCAUGCUUGUAAGCUAGUUUUAGUUAGCUGUAGUCAUUUGCUAUUCUGCUUGUAGGAUAUGUCUUGUGAAGAAUGACAUUAAUUCAUUUGGUGAAACAAGCAGAUGUUGUCUUCCUUUUGAGGUAGACGUGGAAAUUUUUUCUGAAACAAUUCAGAACACACUGAGCUCCAAAACCAUAACAAUAGUGGGAAAUACUUAAAAAACUUGAUGUCAUAUCAUGUAUUUUUUGGAAAGAAAGAAAGAGACAUAUCUCUGCUGCUAAGACUUACUAGUAACUUAGCCAGAAAAAAAAUAUUCAUUUGAUAAAAUAAUUGUUUACUACCUAAGUAGUAAAGAAUUAGGGAAAACUGUAUUAUUUAAUAUCACAUGUACCUGUACUUUAUUUCCUAUUCAUAUUUGCCUUUCUAAAUAGAAAUGUUUCAAUUUUAACUCAUUUGAAUUUUUUUUUUCUUUUUUUAGAUUUUUGAGUUCAGACAUGAAUCCUUAAGGCACUAGCAACAAUUAGGGGAGCAUUAUGUGAUGAUUUCUUUCUCCGUCUGGUCUAGACAAUUGCACUUGUAAAAAUCUAAUCUCUCAAUCUCCACAAAUACUGCCUGAUGUUACAGAUCUUAACUGUUCCAGAGAAAGGAUGCUCCAGAAGAUGGUAUACUGUUAAGGUGCAAUACAUUCAGGAGGAGGAAAUGCCUCAUGCAAAGCAUAAAAUACCCACAUACCAAAUGGAAAUCCAAAAAUAAAUCUUAUGCAAGUCUUGUAGAUGAGCAGAAUAAAGUCAUUCUAGUGCAAGUUUA